UACUUUGAUCUAUUCUUUCGUUUCGAAUUUUCAUUUCGCCGGUGAUUGUUUUUUCUUCAUUCGUUUUCGGGUUUUUGGGUUUUUUUUUCGUCUAUUCUUUUUCUCUUUUUCGCUUCUUCUCGUGGUGGUUGUGGUGAUAUAUGGUGGUGGGUUUUUUUUUUUUUUUUCGGUGUACCGUACUGUGGUGGUGAUACGAUUUUUUGAUCUCCUUUUGAUUUUUCGUUAUUCCUUAUUCUUCCUCUCAUCUCGUUGUACUUCGGAAGAAUAAAAAAAAAAAAAACGCCGCCGCUGCUGCUGAUUAAGGAGGAAAAUUCUCGCGAAGGAAGAAAAGAAGGAAUAUCGGGAAGGGAGAGGAAAUGAAAAAAGAAAGGAACGCUGUAAUAAGAAGGAAAAAAGAAGGAGAGAAUUUCUGAAACGGGACUUUUUCAAAUCAAAUUUUUAUCAAUCUUCGUCGCGCGUUAAUCAAUCGAUCGAUUAAUUCGUCUGCUCUGAAUUUUCGCCAAUUCAUAUCCAUGUACAUUCGCAUUCGCUGAAUUUCGUAGGAGAUAGAACGGAGAGCAAAGAAAAAAAAGAAAGGGACGAAGAAGUAGAUAGAAGAGGAUAAAAGCUGAAGAAUAAAAAAUAAGAAUCCAAAAAACCCGAACGAACGAACGAACGACGAAGAAGAAGAAGAAGAAGAAGCAACGUAACGCGCUUCUAACGGCGAGGAUCCGCAGCGUGCACCGCACCCCUCGACUCUUGUAAAAGGGAAAAAAGAGCGAAUUGCAAGAAACCGAAGGAAAAAAAAAAGAGACGAAACCGAAUCUCCGUUCGGCGAACAGUGACAACGAAAUUAGAAAAAUAAUUAAAUUGGAAAGAAGAGAGCGAAAAAAAAGUAAUUAAAAAAAGACGCCAUUUACGCUUAUAAUAUACGCAAAUGAUACGUUGUGAUAGGAUCUCUUGGACCCUCGAGAAAAGAACAAAAGUCAAGAGAACUAAUUAAAAGAAGAAAAAAAAACAAAUAGAAAAAAAAAAGAAAUAGAGAAAGUAAAAGAUAAAGUGGCACCGAUAUAUGUAAUAUCAAUUGGAAUAAAUAGAAUAAACUAAAAUCAGACAAAACAAAGCUAACUAUAUUUCUACGAGGAUAUCCCCUUUUAUAUAAGCGAAUGGAAGGAUUAGUAUCGAGGAGUGUAUUUUAUUUGAUAAAAAGGAUAUCGAUAAAAUUUCUACAUAGAUUGACAAGGUAUUCGACCGCGGGGGGUUAUUGGUGAUGGGUGAUUUUAUCAAGGAUGCAUACCUGUCGAAGUCAUCGUCGUUUACCUGCAUUUCUAUCAUCAACGGUGGAAAACAGAGCGAUUUCACCCCGUCGUCGUUCGGUCGUGAUUCUGACGAAGAUAAUUGUCGUCCGAGGCUGGAAAAUUCCCGGUGCAAAUUGUACGGAAAAUUUGUCGAUCGUCAGGGCGGUGAGGAGGAGUGCGACAACCAGAGGUACGUCGAGCACCUCGGUAGAUCCGAAAUCGCCGAGUCAUCGAUCGGAAAAUCGAGGAGCAAUCGGGAUCGUCGGGAUCGAUCGUCGCCCGCGGGAGGAGAGGAAGAGGAUAACGCUGAAGCGUUGUUUGAAAAAAUUGAAAAAACCAUCGAACGGGGAGUCCGUUGUAUCCUGCGACUGCAGCGGUCGUCCGAUUCGCCGUACGAAUCGAUCGAUCGUAAUUACCAUUGUUAUUACUACUUUCGUUAUUAUUUUAACGAUAAAUUGUACCAAAUUAUCAUACUUGAGAAGGAGUGCCUUUUUCGAAGAGGGGAGGAGCUCUCGCCGCUUCUGCCGCUGCCGCUGUUUCUCCGUCUCGUCGUCCUGCGGUCGCUGCGCUUUUUCAAUAAUUAUAAAAUUAUUAUUCAUAAAAAAUUCAACUGCGAUACAACGGAAAGGUGACUUUUCAUCAUCGCGACGAUGCGGCGCGACGUCAGAGAAAUUUUACACGAACUCCGUUCUUCGGCUAUAUUAAUUUACAAUAAUUUUCUAUCGAUAAACGCCAAUGAUAAAUAUAAUAAUGAUAAAAAAUAUAUCGAUAACGACCUUAAACACAACUACAAAAACAACAACGAAAAUAUAACCGUAGACGAUCACCUGGAUUUUUUUUACACUAAUGUAAUCGGUGAAUUUCGUAAUAAUAUUAAUUAUAAUAAUUAUAAUAAUGAUAAUAUUAAUAGUAAUAACGGUCACUGUAGCAAAAAAUCGUCCUGCUGCAACGCUAGUUUUUAUAACUAUGAUAAAAAUAAAUCGGACGACGAUAAGAAAGAUAAUAUUAACAACAGUAACGACGACAACGACAAGAAUCGACGUAGGAUCGUAUUGUACGAUGAUAAAUUAUUCGUAAAAAUUAAAAAAAAAUCGCCAAAAACUACUACUACUACUACUACUACUACUACUACUACUACUACUCAUACCAAUACUACUACUACUACUACUAAUAAUAAUAAUAAUAAUAAUAAUAAUUACGAUGAUAAUGAUAAAUUAUCGUCAAUCAAUAAAUUAAUUGAAACAAUAAAUAAAUUAAUAAUAGCAAGUUUUUUAUUUCAAAUAAUACGGAGGAUAAUAUAUUACUGUAAACGUACAAAAUUGAAUGAAAAUCAAAAUAGGAAUAAUAACAAUAACAGUAACGAUAAUAACAAUAAUACCGGUAAUAUCAAUAUAAAUAAUUCAAGUUGCGCGUCGAGAUCGUCGUCGUUGAGGGUCAAUUGUGGAGGUUGGUUGGGUGUCGGUGGUGGUGCUGGUGGUAUGAAAACUAAAAAUAUAUCGUUGAUUCGAAUUUUUUCAAUAAUAUUUUUAUGGAUUAUCAUUUUGCCAACGAUAUUCGCUUACCAUCAGGACAACGGUCAUCACGGUUGUCCGGGAUGCCCCAAGGAUCGCGACCGACAUUUGAUAAAUAACAACAACAACAACAACAAUAAUCAUCAUCAUUAUCAUAAUCAUCACAAUUAUCAUCACAAUAACAAUAACGAUAAGCAACAGAAAAUCUAUCAAAAGAACGGUGGUUUCGAGGAGAAAAGAAAACCGAACGACCCCAGGGAAAACGUGUUGGAUGACAAUUCUUACGCGGGUAACGAGCCUAGUCAAGACGAUUUGAGAUUGGAGGCCAUAAAACAUCAAAUUUUGACGAAACUCGGACUGAGGGGACGCCCCGAUGUCAAUAAAACGUUGGCCAGCGUACCGAGACACUUGGCGUUGAAAACGCUUUACAGAGCCGAGGCGCAACCACAACCGUUGACACCGUCGUUCUCGCAAUCGGGCUCGGGUCCGUCGUCGUCUUCGUUCUCCUCGUCGCAUUCGUCGAGCGGCUCGCCGAGGAAUCAUCAUCAACAAAACCCCAACAACAACCCCAACAACAACCCCAACAACAACAACAACAACGAACGGUUUCAUUCGAAUCCGGUGUACAGGCAUCGGGGUGGCGUCUACAACAACGAGGAGGCACCGUCGCACCACGGUGCGGGUUACGGUGAAUAUUUUUACGGCAACGACGAAUUCACCUACAAGAACAUAGAGCAGGCGACCGAGAGGACCGCGAGCGUCCCGAGGGAUGGCUCCCCGUCGACGACCGACGGGAAUCACGCCGGGGAGGGCGAGGAGGGGACGGCGUCGGAGGGCGACAACGAUCCCUCGGGCGACUCGAUCGAGCAGAGAUCGAGGGAGGAACAACCGCAGGAGGAACUCGAUGACUUUUACGCGAGGACCUCGGAGAUAAUCACGUUCGCCGAACCGGGUCACACCUUGAACGGUCAACCCUUGCUGGAGUUCCCCAUGACGGCGGGCGAGCCGGUCCUAGGACCGUUGAGGGUGAAGAAGGCGACGUUGUGGGCCCGAGUUGAAUUGCGACACGCUCAUCACUACCAACAUCAUCGACCUGGACAGAAUCAUCAGAGAAACAUCACCCUGUGGGUGUUCAGGGUUCGUUGCGGCAACGCCACUCACCUUCGCGGCAAGGAAUUGGGACAGCAUCUGGACAUGGUUACGUCGUUGGGUGUUAACAUCGGGCAAUUGGGAUGGCAGAAAUUCGACGUGUCCAGCGUUGUCGUCGAUUGGUACUCGAGCGGCUCGAAAAUGCAGAAUGACAAAUUGACGCUACUCGUCGAUUGCACCGGAUGCGGUUUACACGUUCACGUAUCCACUUUCGGUCACGCAACUCAUCACGACAUCGAACCCUCGAUAAACACGCAAGGUGCCGACGAUCCCGACCGUCCAUUUUUGGUCGUUCACACGGAUCCCACGGGAGUGAAGAGGAUCCGAAGGAGGGCCGUGGAAUGCAGCGGUCCCUUGAUGGGACAAUGUUGCAAGCAGAGAUUCUACGUGAACUUCACCCAACUCGGUUGGGACGACUGGAUAAUCGCGCCUCAGGGGUACUACGCCAAUUACUGCCGCGGCGAUUGCGGCACGGGUCACAGGACACCGGAUACUUUUUUAAAUUAUUAUACCCACGUUAUAGAAGAAUACAGAAAAAUGGACAGACUUGCGGGUAUGCAACCGUGUUGUGCACCCUUGAAAUUUUCCUCUAUAUCUCUUAUUUAUUACGGUCCCGAUUCGAAUAUUAUCAAAAGGGACUUGCCUAAAAUGGUCGUUGACGAGUGCGGCUGUCCAUAGUGAUCCAAAUUGUCGAUGGACAAUUUUCGUUACUUUACUUUCAGAGGUUUUCUUUAUUCUUCUGAUUUUCCAAUUUCUGCGCUUCUGAUUGUUUCGGUAUUAACGAUGGAGAUAAAUAAAAGAAAAAAAUAAAUAAAUUAAACGAACGAUCGAAUAAAUAAAUUAAUACUAACAACGAUAAAAAUUAUACUAGUAAUAAUAAUGAUAAUAAUAAUAAUCAUACGCUAACAACAAUAUUAACAAUAAUAAUGAUAAUCAAAUUGUUAACAGUAAUCACAUUGAAACGAUAUACAUGCGGUACGUACGUAAUGUCAAAUUAUUUGGUCAAAUUUUUGUGAAAACAAAACGAGUGCAAAUAAAAAUUGGAAGCGAGAAACGAGUAUUAUGUGAAUAACUAAAAGAAAAUGAUAAAUGAAAAUUAAUAAAAUAAUUAACAAACGGUAUUUAAAAAAUAUUAAAAAAAAAACAAACUUAAAUAACGAUAAUAUUAGGUAUACAUUAUUAAUGAUAAUUAUAACUGUAAAUCGAAGUAGGGAAAUUGAUUGAAUCACGGAAGCCUUAUGUAGAUAUUUCUCUCCGUAAUUUUCUAUAAUUCUGCUGGAUUGUUUAUAAUUAAAAAUACCGAUAAUUAACAAUUGAAUAUUACAUACUUCUUUGUAAUUAGGUAUAAUAAUACGUACAUGUCGUACCUAUUAUAUGAAAAUAUUCGUACAGGGUGUCCGAUUACUUAUUUUGGUUCGACGUUAUUUUAUUACGUUUUUCUGUCUUUCCCUUCGGUUUCCUUUUUCUGUUCUAUUAUUUCGUAGUUACGAUAGAUAUUCAUAGAUUAUUAGCUGUACAUUUGUACGAUAAUAUUACGAUGACACCCUGAAAAUGAAAAGUACACAAUUAUUCUAAUGAUCCGUACGCGAAAAUCACGAUACAAAA